ACAAAGUAACAAAUAUGAGGAAACAAUAUAAUGUAAAGUGAAAUUUGACAAUGUUUAACUGCUAUUUAAGAAGUUUGCUUUUCAGAAAACUAAACUUUCAACAUGGAUAAUGAAGGUUCAGCUGAAGUAUCCAGCCGUCCUGGUUCUGCUGCAGUGGCGAGCCGUCCUGCUUCAGCAGCAGCCACAAGCCGUCCUGCUUCCGGAGCAGUCAAGAGCCGUCCUGCUACAGCAGCAACCACAAGCCGUCCAGCUUCAGCAGUAGCUUCAAGCCGUCCUACUUCAGCAGCAGCGCCAAGCCGUCCUGGUUCAUCCGUAAGUCGUCCUGCAUCAUCUACAAGCCAUCCUUCUUCUUCUGCGAGCCGUCCUGCUUCAGCUGCAGUGUAUAGCCGUCCUGCUUCAGCUAUGGUUUCUAGCCGUCCUGUAUCUGGAGUAGCAUUUAGUCGUGCUGGAUCUGGCAGGUCAAGCAGGCCAUUGUCAGGCAUAAGCACAAAAAGCUCUAAGGCCUGGAAUGAAUCAGAGACUCUAUCUUCUCCACGAAGUGAAAUUAGUGCUGAUGAAUCUCCUUUAAUCCAAGAUGAAGAUCUGAAGACUGGUUGCUGGAACAAGUUUUCCACAUGUGUUGCUGGAUUUUGGUCAACCAAGGACAUUAAAGAAACUACAGAGAAUAAAGAAAUGAAUGUACAGAUCUCAAUUCGAGAGUUGGUCGUGUACUCAAUCUUUCUUUUGAUCCUUUCAAUAGUUAGUUUUGGAAUGACAUCACCUUCUCACUAUUACUACACUAAAGUACUUCAGGACCUGUUUAGUGCUCAGCAAGAGGUUCAAGACAUCAAUGGAUUUUGGGAAUAUGUUGAGGGACCUCUCCUUGAUGGUUUACACUGGGAGUAUUGGUAUAACCAAGGAGAUGACAGAAACUUUAUCUGUCCUGGAGGAGAAGAAACUGGUGGACCUUGUGAAACUUCUCCCUCGGACCGAAAUGUUUUGUUUGAAAACAAGCUCCUAGGAUUAGCAAGAUUGAGACAGCUGCGCGUUCGAAAUGAUUCCUGUGAAAUUCCAUCCAACUUUCAAGGAACCAUUUUGAGUUGUUGGGCCCAGUACGAUGAAGCAUAUGAGGAUAAAUCAGAUUUUUUUCCUGGUUACAGGAGUAAAACAGAUAUAAAAGCAUGGUCUUAUAAUACAGCAGAAGAUUUGGGGGUGGUUAAUCUAGCUAUCACUGGAGAGGUUGGAACCUACUCCGGAAAUGGAGCUGUUCAAAACCUUGGUUCGGACAAGAAUUCAUCUCAAGAUAUCCUUCAUGAGCUCAAGGAAGCACUCUGGAUCAGUAGGAGCACUAGAGCUGUUAUGAUUGAUUUUACACUCUACAAUGCAAACUUGAAUCUGUUCUGUGUAAUCAAUAUGUUGUUUGAAUUCCCCCCGACCGGGGGAGUCCUCCCAGAUGCCUCUUUCAAAACUGUCAAGCUUUUGAGAUAUGUCAACUCCGCCGACUAUUUCAUUAUGGCUUGUGAAGUUAUCUAUGUGAUUCUGAUUAUUUACUACAUUAUUGAGGAGAUAUUGGAGAUUAUUAAAGUACGAAUGGCCUACUUCAAAGUAGUUUGGAAUCACUUGGACAUUGCAGUUGUUUUUCUCUCAGUGGUAAACCAGUCUUUGAAUCUUUACACGUACUUUACAGUAGAAACUGAGAUAGUUAAGCUACUCUCGGAGCCUGAUACCUAUGCAGACUUUCAAGGCCUUGGAGAUGCUUCAGAAAUGUUCAAGUCCGUUGUUGCAAUCUGUGUUUUUUUCUCAUGGGUUAAACUCUUCAAAUACAUUUCAUUCAAUAAAACCAUGACUCAAUUGACAAACACACUGUCAAAAUGUUCUUUGGAUAUUCUAGGGUUUAUGGUGAUGUUCUUUAUUGUAUUCUUCGCCUUUGCCCAACUUGGUUACUUAAUGUUUGGAGGCAGCCUGCUUGAUUACAGCACUUUUGGAACUGCAGUGUUUACUCUACUUAGAAUCAUACUUGGAGACUUUGAUUUCCCAUCCUUGACCCAGACCAGUCCAUUCUUCGGUCCUCUGUAUUUCAUUUGCUAUGUGUUCUUCGUGUUUUUUGUCCUACUCAAUAUGUUUCUGGCUAUCAUCAACGACUCCUAUAGUGAAGUUAAAGCUGAUCUAGCGGAACAACAACAUGACUUUGAGGUUGGAGACUACUUCAUGAAAGGAUAUAACAAUAUGCUGGGUAAAGUUGGGAUGCGUAGCAAGCUAAUCGAUAUCAUGAAUGCUUUAAAACUGGCCAAUGAUAACGGCAGUGUAACUUAUCAAGAAGUUAGACAAAACCUGAAAAAGUGUAAUUUUUCUGAUCUUGAGAUCGAGAUGUUGUUUGCGAACUAUGAUAUAGAUGGAGAUGGUAUUUUCUCGAUGGAAGAGGGCGCCCAUAUCAUGGCAGAUCUGGAAAAUGAUCAAUUGGAUAGACGUGUUGAACCAGUUUUUGAGGAUAUUUUGGAGGCUGAUCUCGAGGAAGCUAGCAGACCAACUAGAUCUGCUGCUCAGUGGAGACCAAUGACUGGAGCAUACGGAGUUGUAAACUUUGAAGAGUUUAACAUGCUGAAUAAACGAGUGGAUAGAAUGGAAAGUGUAGUUCACAAUAUAGUAUCCAAGAUUGAUGUUGUUCUUAUCAAGCUUGAGACUAUGGAGAGGAAUAAAGCAAGGCGUAAAGCUACGAUGGGGAAGAUGUUAGAUGGGAUUCUGGAUGAUGACAGGCGUAAAGAGAUGGAGGACCUUAUGAUGAAAAUCGAUUCCGAAUCCAGACCUAACACUGCAAGCAAAGACGGCAUUUAAAGAAAAGACUAUUUAUUUUUUCUGAAUUGACUGGGGUAAAUAAUUACAUUAAGGAUUUUUACUCCUGUAUUUGAAGAACUGUGGUAAAUUUUGAGUUUUAGUAAAAUUGAAAUUUGUUGAUUCAAGCUUUGUGUGAUAAUAUAUAUUCUUAAAAUAAAUCAUUUUCGUAAUUC